AUGUCCGGAGUUCAUGUUCGAGCUGCAUUGUCGCGUCUUGCCGAUAGAUAUUUACAGAAUUCUGAAAGCCCAUCAGAGCCGUAUACGAUUGAAACAAUUAUUGGAUUUUUUGAAGGAAUCAUUAACUCAAUCCCUUCUGAUUCACCAGUAUAUGGAAUUGAAGAUAUACUAUAUCAGAUAUUCUCAAAACUUUCAAAUAAUAAUGCUGAUGGGAUUCUAUACAGCCGACUCUCUAAUUUAGUAUCUCGUUUACGGACUCAAGAGGUGCUGCAAAACAAAGCUAGUAUAUUACAAGUAUUAUAUAGCCUAUCAAGUUUAAGUGAGACCAUCAGUGAACUGGCAUCUUCUCAUCCAAUGAAUUCUCUCUCAGAGGUGCAGGCUUUACCCUCUUUGGGACCUGAACGUACAUUUUCUGAAACUACAGAAGCAAGGAACACGAGCAAAAGCAUACCUGUCUCUGAACGAAAUUCUGUGUAUGAGUGGUCAUCUUUUUCACAAAAGCAGCCGACACCUGCUGAAGAAAAAGCUUCGCAUACUGAAGAAAUUUCUAAUAGUGAGAAUUAUUUGAAAAGUGCCACGCUGUUUAUUCUUCAAGGCGUUUCAACGGACCUCGUGAGUUUUCAUGAUGGUAGUGCUGACUUAUCACAACAAAUCCCCUCUCAUCAUAUAUUACAAAUUCGUUCUUUAUGUGAAAUUGGUCUUCUUUAUCGACAGCUGAAAAGAUUUGCUGAUUAUGAUGGGUUUCAAACUUCACCUUCAACUUUGAGAUUAUCUGAAUCUUCAUCUGAGGAACAAACUCUUGCAUUACAAAGUUUCCGAGCAUUCGUUUCUAAAGAAUUGACGCAGUACCUAAGUCUUAUCGCUUCUUUAGAGUCCCAACUUCGAACAGACAAUUCAACGAGAUCACAGACUGUUAGCAUUCGGCGUUGUAUAGUAUGGACUAAUAAGCCACGACUGAAGUUUCGGAUACUAUCAUCCAUUGUAGAUUCAUAUAUAAAGGAAAAAAACAAGAAGAAGCUAAUUCACAUUGUUGCCAGAUACAGCUUCCAUGGUGAUCCCAUCAUUCACGACCUUAGCAAGCGGGUACUGAUGGAAAUCACUCAACCCCUUCAUGAGAUGAUUGAGAAUUGGGUUUAUAAAGGAGAGUUGAUUGAUCCUUUUCGGGAGUUUUUUGUCAUUGAAAGUGAUGAUAUAUCUCAUACCCAUGAUAGACAGGGAACAGGACGAAUUGUUUGGAAAGGAAAAUAUCACUUAGAAAAAGAAUUAAUACCAAGCUUCCUUUCAAGUCCUUUAGUUGAAAAAAUAUUUCUUAUCGGAAAGUGUCUCAACUUUGCCCGCUAUGGUUGUGAUGAUUCAGAAUGGACUCAGGAGCACUAUAGCAAAUUUGCAAAAAAGCUCUCAUAUACGGACUUUCAGAGUCUAAAGUUAACUAUUGAUAUGGCUUAUACACAGUCCACUCGACAUCUCGUUCAACUUAUGGAAGAGAAGUUUCAUUUGAGUGAGCAUUUGAAUGCUAUCAAAAAGUAUAUUCUUUUGGGCCAAGGUGAUUUUGUUACAUAUUUAAUGGAAAGUUUAGGUGAUUCUUUAGAACAACCUGCCAACACUCUUUUCAGACACAAUCUUACAACAUGCUUAGAGAGUGCAAUUCGCUCAAGCAAUGCCUCUUACGAACAAGGGUAUGUUUUAAAGCGCUUGGAUGCAAGGCUAUUGGAGUUAUCCCAUGGUGAAGUAGGCUGGGAUGUCUUUACCUUGGAGUACAAAGUGGAUUCUCCAAUUAACGUUAUUAUCACUCCCUAUUGCUCCAGACAAUAUUUAAAAAUGUUUAAUUUUCUAUGGAGAUUAAAAAGAAUUGAAUUUGCUCUUUCUCAUUCUUGGCGUCGGUCAACUCUAGGAGCCCGGAAUAUUAUUCGUGAACUAGAUUUCGUUCAACCAGAAUGGCAUUUUGUCAGUAUUCACUUGGCCGAAAUGAUUCACUUUAUCUGCCAGCUUCAAUAUUAUAUUCUUUUUGAGGUUAUUGAGAUUAGCUGGGAAAAACUAAAAGAGGAAAUGUCAAAGCCAAAUGCUACAUUGGAUACAUAUAUUGAAGCUCAUCACCAUUAUGUGACCAGUAUCACACAUAAAGGUUUGCUGGGUAGCGCCAGAUCGCGGACUGAAGAUUCCUUCCUUCACCAGCUUCAUGAAAUUCUAAAGACCAUCUUAUCUUUUCAUAACACAAUUGAGGUUUUGCAUAGUUUUUCUGUGUCACUAUACAGUCGUUUGAAGGUCAAUGCUCUUAUAUCCACAGAGUCAUUGGAAGAAGAGUACGUGCCUAUUCAAGAAAAACUUCAACACUGUUCAGAAGAAUUUCAGCUACGACUAAAACACUUUCUGUAUGGUUUAGCUACUCAAAAAGAUUCAGAAAUGAGGUUUUUGUCUGUUCGUCUGAAUUUUAACGAAUUCUACGCACUCCAGCAAAAGAGGAUAUAA